AUGAAGCCUAAAACUGUCUAUUUAGGUCUUAUUUGUAUUACAUUUUUUUUUCAUUUCAGAUUAAUUGAUAAUGCCAACCUGCAUAAUAAUCCAAACAAAAUUAGGAUCCUCAAAAAGAGUGAUUUGGAACAAGUUGAGAGUAAGCUACUAUCAUCCAAUCUUUCAGUUUUUAAUCAGCUAAAAUGCCUGAUUAGACUGUUAGAUUUACUUGAAUUAAUUGAUAAAACACUAAAUGUGGGAAAACCUGGACAACUCGAAAUUCUAUUUUCUAUUAAGGAAGGAAUUGACGCAAAACAUAGUGAAAUUAAAGAUGAAUUGUUGAGAAGAAAUAUUAAUUUGUUAUCUUGCGCAGAUGUAGAAUUGAUUAAGAGAUUUUCAGAUUUAAAUGUAAAGCUUAAUGAAUCUUUAUAUGAAGGCCAGACAUUUAUUGUAGAAUCAUUGAUAGAAUUUCUUGAACUAGUCCGAUUAUUGGUGACAUCAAUUACUGAUCUUCAACUAGAAACCUUUAUUUCGGAAGAGAUCUCAACUGAGAAUAUCAGAGAUUUUUUACUAUCUCUUUCGGAACAUUAUUCAAAUUUGUUAUUAUCAAUUACAGAACAAAAUGAUGAUGAAAAAGAGAGAGGUGCAGAUGAAAAUCAAUCAGAGAAUGCUUCAUCUAGUUCUGUGCCUUUAAGUAAAAAUCAAGAUUCUAAAGCAACUAACAAAUUAAUUAAAGAUAAUAAAAAUACCGAAUUAGAAAGAAAUGAAAAAAACAGAAAUAGAAAAGAGAAAAAGUCUAAAGCAUUUAAUCAAAAGGAAGCAUAUGACGUUGAAGCUUCGUUAAAUAAGGCAAAACUAGGUGAAAGUAGUCAAAGAAAGGAAACUUUAGCGGUUAGCCAAAAAAGUAUUUCCGGUGGGGUAGAACAAGCACAAGCAAGUGGAGUGGGAUCAAUUAUAACUGAAGUGGGUGAUCAAAAAACGCAUAAUUUCCCCAAAAAGCGUACUAAUAAAAAAAAACAUUUAAAUAAUGAUGAAAAAUCUCGUCACCAACCUGAAAAUAUUUUGGUACGUCAUGCAGAAAAUGUUAAAUUGGAUGAAAGAGGUGGGGCGAAACAAAAGAGAGGUAGAGCAAAAGGUCCUAAAAAAACAGCAGAAACGGGUUCAAGAGCAAGAUCAACUUCACCAAAACCUCAUAGUUCUAGAGAGCUUCAAGCAAGUUCACGUUUAUGGUCAAGAAGUAGAUCUGGAAGUAGAUCUCGUAGAAGAUCCAGAAGCAGAUCUGGAGGCAGAUCUGAAAGCCAUAGUCGUUAUACUAUAGAAAGGGUUCACUCUUUUGCACAAGAAGUUGGAAAUGACAUCGGAGAACUGGGCAGCUAUUCUCCAUUAUUUUUAGUUCAGGAAGCAGAAGAAAAAUUAACGGAAUUAUUGAAAGUUGAAGCUGAAUUACUCAAUUUGUCAUUUGAGUUAAAAAACAUGUUUCUAAAGAUGAAUGAAAUAUCUAGUAGAGUUGAAUGUAAAGGGCAUAGAUUUUCUGCAGUAAGAACUCAAGUUAAAAUUUUAAAUCAAGGAUUAGGCAGAUGGGUUCUCGAUACUGACUUUGACAGUUUAGAUAUCAGAUAUACUAUGAUGGAUGCAGGAAACAUCCUUAGUAAUAUUCCACCAUCCGUUGCUGCUAGACAGGGAAUUGCUGCAAGAGCAUGUUGUUUCAAAGAUUGUUGUAAGUUAAAUGAUCCGUCAGACAAACAUAUCGUUGGAUUUAAUAACUGCGACUGCAAUAGUUGUGAUUGUAAUUGCAUCUAUUGUUCUUCAAUUCCGGAUAGUUUUAACAAAAAGUCAAUUUAUGAUGUGGAUUAA